AUGAACCAGAUGUUCACAUUAAUGGCUAAACUACGAGCCUUGUUUACUGGUCGGCCACCGCCGUCGCCUAGUUCGAGCAGUUUUGCGGAUUUACCGGUUGAUUCAGUGCCAUACAAACUUCCCUAUGGCAUAUUUAAGGUUCGUUGGAUGCACACAUCUCUGAUUCUCUAG